GAAAUCUAUACAAUAUAUAGUCUGUGACCAAAUUGUCUAUAUAAUAUAUAACGUUUCCAUAACGUAUACAAAAAAUGUGUCUUGACAGGUUUAUUAUUACAUACUAAGGAUUUGCAUUAUUUUAAAAUCGAAAAAUAAUUAAUUAAUCAUGCCGGCAGUAAUCGUCGGUCCUCCUCAACGUAGCGAACAAAUGUGGCGAGCAUUAAAAGCUCACAUUACAAGGGAAAGACAACGGAAGAAACAAGAACAGGAAGCAGAUGCAGAAGAAGAACGGUUAAGGAAAGAAAGAGAACGGCAACAAAAACAAGAUGUAAUGACUUUAGGUGAAACUAGAGAACAGAUAUCAAAUCUAGAAAAUGAGCUUUCACAAUUAAAAGAUGAAAAGCAUCAAUUAUUCUUGCAACUGAAGAAAGUUUUAAAUGAAGAUGAUAAUAGAAGACGGCAAUUAAUCAAAGAAACAAGUGUAUGUUCUGAAGUUUUAACAGCAGUAGGAGGAUACCCUGGAGCAGGCCCUAGAGUAGUUCAUCCACAAUUGUUUCUUCCUUUACCAAGAAGCAAUAGUCCACUUUACAAAGUAGCUGUAGGUGCACCAACACAUACUUUAUUACCAACUGGGCCAUUAAAGAGGACACAUAGUCCAUCACCACCUCCAACAGCCUCCCCAUAUCAUGCUGGUUACGGAUACAAACCAACACCUUCAAUACCAAACUAUAAUCCUCCACCUUCCAAAUCUGAGGAAGCAGCUAGGAGAUCUGGCGAUUCCCGAGCUGUUCUCUGGAACAAAAACAAUCAAUACUCCGCCUCCAAUUUUUAUUCAGCCCCUACUGGUCAAAGUGUUUAUAGCUAUUCUGCAUCAACAUCGCAACCGUCCCGCGAACCUGAACCAACUAAAUCGGUAUAUCUCUCAGGCAACAGAGCAACAUUGUCGACACAUCAGUCUGCAUAUGUUACAAGUUUGCAUUCAUUGGACCAUAAAGGUGCCUAUGCAGAAGAUAAAUUUUAUUUAAGGCCAAGUAGUCAUGUUACUGUUCAUGGUGGGGCUAUUCCAAUUCAGCAACCUCCACAGGGUGCUAAAACGGGAGGAAUUACAUCAGGAUAUCCAGUAAGACCACCGCAACCACCACCAGCUCCAUAUCCACCACCACCACCAGGUACAUAUGUUAGCGCCUCUGGUGCUAAUGUUCCUGGACGAUUGUUAUAUACCCAACCUGGAGCUCGUUAUAUCCAGAGAGAAGUUUAGAGUAUGACUGAUCACAGAUACUUUUGAGACAAAUUGAGGUAACUGAUUGUAUUAUUUAUAUGUUUCACAAUCAUCAGCCUUGACGCAUGAAGCGUAAUGACAAAUAAACUCCGGGCAAAACAAUGUCGCUGCUAAAUGCGAACGUCGAAUAAAGACGAAUUUGAAUUUUCCGACUCUCCUCCGACCAGUAUAAAUAAACGGACGUGAUCGCGAGCGAAACAGUAUCUAUCAGUUAGCAACCAGUUAUCAAUCAGUUAUCAGUUAGUUGCGCGAAACAGUAUCUUCAGUAUCUACCGAGUUACGCGAUAAGCAUUAACGAGUAUUUAUUCGCGAUUUCAUUUUGCGAUUUAUACUUUGUACUAACGACUCAGUAAUUAUAAGCUGUACAUUAAUUUAUCAUUUUAAAUAUAUUCAACGGUUUCAACAA